AGAAAUGCUCCAGAUAAAGUAUUCUUUUUUGUUCCUAAAGGCGUGGAUAUGAGUAAUAAGUGGUGUAUAGCUAUGAAAAGAGACAUGAUAUCUUCAUCAACUAGUGCCUGUAGUGAGAACAAAACAUAUAUGAACAAGGCUAUUCAAGUAAAUACAUAGUAAAAUACAGCAUACAAGUAAAAGUGUUUACAAACAAUUUAUCAAAAACAGCACCAACAUCUCUUUUGAAAAUGUGAAAAAAAUCCUGUUAAAAGAAAAUUAUUUCAAGAUAAAACUGAUAAAGCAUCAAUAUUCUCCACCCAGCCUUUGCUGUCAUCCUCAUCAUCUUUUGGUCCUAAUUUAAGUUCUCCUGAAUCAAGUUGGAUUAUAGAAGAUGAAUCUGAGAAUGAAAGACUGCAUAAAAAUCAAUUGCGUAGUUGUAUGGUAACAGCUAUUGAAAAAGAGCCUAAAAUGUUGUUGGGCGGCCUUAUUAUUUAAUAAAGUUACUGAGUGAACACAUUCCACUCCAUGUAAUAGAUUUUAAUUACUUAAAAAAAAAUAACUCAAUGAGUCUUAUGACAUACUAGCGUUACUAUUCGGUUAUGUACAAAGUACAAUCAGUAGGAUUUUUUCAUGUGUGUUAUUAUUAGAAGAAAAAAUGAAAGAUUUAAUUAUAUUUUCAACACCUAUAGAAAUUUUCAACAAUUUGCCUUUAACUUUCAGGGCUAGAUAUUCAAAUGUGGUGUCUAUAAUGGAUUGCCUUGAAAUUGAAAUUGAAAAACCAUCAAAUCCAGUCUUCUUAUCGCUAACAUGGUCAUAGUACAAGAUCAAUACAUUAAAAUAUUUCAUAUCAUGUACUCCUGACGGACUAGUAAAUUUUAUAUCUGAAGGAUAUAGCGGCAGAGCAACAGACAUGAUUGUGGAAGAUUGUGACUUCCUGAAAUAUUACCACAACCUUAUACCUAUUAUUGAUGAUGUUAUAGUGAAAGCCUGUGGUCUAAUUAAUAUGCAGGAUGUAUUAAUAUCUCUCAUCUGCCAACCCGCACUUGGCCAGCGUGGUGGAUUGAAAUAUGUCUGA